GAGAAAACGCAAGCAAAUGAAACAAUCGGAUCGGCGACUACGUCACAACGCCCUGAGUUUUCUGAUUCAGUCUGAUUGUUUUGGAUGCCGAGAAUAAAAAAAAAAGAUAUAACAUCGCCGCGAACUGAAGCAUCUCCAACAAUUAUAGAAACGGCUAUCAAUUUAAUCGAAAAGACAGACACUAAGUCAAGAGACUUCUCAAGACGUACCAGUUUGUUUAAUUAAUUGUUUUCACGAAUUCGUGAACUUGAAAAAACCGAAAGUCGUGUGCAUUAAGAGUGAAAUGUGAAAACAAACUUAUUGACAUGAAAACAUUUGAAAGAAAAAAGCAAUACUGAUGAUAAUCGCACAGUUAGCUUAGAAAACAGACAGGGAAAAAUACGAGUUUCAUUUGGGUGACUUUUGUUUGACUUGUCAUGAUGUAAAUAUGGAAGACUAGAUUUUGCUGGAGAGAAAUUAAUUAUGUUUCGCUCAUUGUUGAUCGAUAGUAGGUAGGUAUUUGUUAAGUGAAAUAGGAUUGUUUUAUCGAAGAUCGAACUUUUUCACUCACACGUUCUAAGAAAGGAUUGGUGUUAGUGGAACAAAGUUUUCCCGGCCGUUUUGAUGUGAUUUUACUGGAUAGAAGACCCAUUCCUUGAUUAUGACCGGCCGUUUGGUAUGAUCCAACUGGAUAUAAGACCCUGUUCUUUAGCUAUGACCGCCAUUUGAUGUGAUCGUACUGGAUAUAAGACCCCUUCUUUAGCGAUGACCGGGUAUGCAGAUAUGUAACUAUAGCAGCUUGAUUUUUGCUGGAAAUGUCACCGUGUUAUUAAUCGUGUCCAUGACAACAGAUUAUUGGGAGUACAGAAGUUUUAACCAAACCAUGCUAAAAGAAACGCUGCAUAAAGCAAAUCAAACAGAAUUUGAUCAGCCUGUGGAUACGAAUUCGUAUAUGUCCCUAUGGUACAAGAGAAAAAUGCUUCCCAUAUUACGAGACUCUGUCAAAAAAGAGAUAUUAUAUCAACCCCCAGUUUUAGUGGAGAAUUUUUUCAGUGUUACAAAGAACAUAUCAGACUCCAACAAAGAAAAAUCGGCGGACAUUCAUUCCAACAUGCUCGCUGGUUUAGUGGUGUUAUUUGAACAGUACGGAAACCUUUUCCGCGAUUGUGAUGCCCUAGAAGAGGGUGUCAGACAGCGGCUGUACUUGGUACAGAAGAGGGUAGAUAGGUGCGAGUACCUCAGUGGGAGGGAGAUCGAGGCGGCUAGUGACGUCACAGAACUCAUUGUUGUAAAACAUUUGGAGCGUGCGGCCUGCGCAUUUGCUCUGUUAUGCAUGGUGUCUAUGGUAGCCGGCCUGAUCACGGGUGCUUAUGGGCUGUUUGGUCACCAUACAAGAGUUCUUGUUUGGGCAUCAUGUUGCUCGUUAAUAUCUGGUAUGUUACUUACUCUCGCGAUAGCACUUUUCCAUGGAAAAUGUUAUAUUUUACGACGAACAGAACUAUUACAUGGAUAUCGCAUCCCCCACAAGAAAAUAAUCAACGAAUCACGAACGUACAGCUUUGGUUGGUCCUUUUAUUUGGCCUGGAUUUGUGUGUUCCUGUGUUUUACUUCUUCCUAUGUAUGGCUUUACAAAGCACAGGACCCAAAACAGACAAAACUGCCCGGGGUUAACUAUAUUCGACACAGGUAUAGAAGAGGGAAAUACUCUUAUUUCGAGGAUUAACUCAAAAAACGUUAUUUAGAGAAGUAGAAGUUUUUUAAUGCUCUUUUACAUAAUGAUGUAAAUUUAUAUUCACAUAGUGUAGUUUGUAGAAAAGUCUAUAUUUUACUCUAUUUUACAUAAGACAAUCAUAAGCCUUUACACCUUUAUUUUAUCAUGCAAUAAAUCAAAUAUACAUGUAUUAACACAAUGACAAAACAAAAUGACCAGUUUUAGAUUUAAAUAUAUCGUAUGCAUGAUCUACAUUAGUCCAAAAUCUAAAACAAAAUCCUUAAAUAUGCAUGAUUUAAGUGUCAGUCUUUCAGUGAGUCUAAUGCGUUUCAGCGAAACCUCUGAGGCAAAGUUCUCUAUAAUUACACUUAAAUGAAUAUAACAAUGUCCGAAAAAACAUUACCUUCAAUUUCAAUUGUUACCGAUUGUAAACAUUUAAAGCAGACGUUAUAAAGCAAUCCGAAUUUUACACUCAGUUGACUUCCU